AUGGAGAUCGGCGAGUUUGAGACGUUCAACGAGCUGGCACCGCAGUCGCUGUGCGGGACGAGUGAGUGCACCCUGGUGCUCGGCGAGGAGCUGGCAGAUCCCAGCGCUGCCCGGCGGGCCGAGCGCUGCUGCUCCUCGCUCACGGCUCCGUCGACCGAGUCAGGCGCGUGCAUCCCAGCCGAUCAUGUCUGCUGCGGCUGCUCUCAGGAGAUGUGCUGCGCUUGCCCGCGCGAUCCAAACCACCCGCAUGCCGCGCCCAAGUGCCUCGCCUCAUGCCGCAUCACCUCGGACCUCCCGGGCGCCGACUGCUCCGGCUGCUGUCCAUCGCCGCCUCUCACUGCCGCCUUUGCCUCCUCGCCCACCUCUUCGUUUGCCGUUGCAGCCCUUGCUUGCCUCGCCAUCUUUGUAUCCUAUCGCGCCUGUACCCGAUCGUCGACAACCGCUCACUCGCACGCCAAGCCCGACAUCGGUCGAACGGCAUGACCUUGCCUGACUUGACUGGCUGGCUUGGCUGGCUUUCGCAACACGACGUCCGCCACGUGAAAUGGGCAGCGAACACCACAAAAGCCCGUUGCCUUGGCAGCAGCAGC